AUGGGACUGAUGGACCAGCAGACAGGAACCUGGGAUCAGGAAAUACUAACUGAUAUUUUGAAUCCUGAGGAUGUAGAGAGGGUUUUAAAAAUACCUGUGUCACCCGAUUAUGAGGAUUUGUGGUACUGGUAUGGGGACCCAAAAGGAGAAUAUUCGGUUAAAAGUGGUUAUAGAACGAUAGUAGGUGACUACACCCAAACGGUUGGGGCCUUUGAUAAAUGGAAAAUAUUAUGGAAGCUUAAAGCCCCCCUAAAGUGGAAAACAUUUCUGUGGAGAGCUCUGAAUGAUAUUUUACCCACUACGAAGAACUUACUUAUAAAGAGAGUUGAUAUUGAUCCAACAUGCGCCAUGUGUGGAAUUGGGCAUGAAGAUAUUGUGCAUUCGUUGAUCACAUUGGCACUUCUAUACUAUAUUUGGCGGGCAAGGAAUGGGGCUGUAUGGGAGGCAGCCUUGCCCAGGCCGCAGAAAAUAAUUGCAAUGGCAUCAUCAGCUGUGAACGCUUGGAAAUUAGCCCAUCCUGGUCUGCAUUCGCUACACACCUCCACGACGUCACCCGGCCGAGUUGCUACCGUGGUGGAUACUCACACGGCUGCAGCAGAUUUCUCGGCAACGCCCAACAACAUUGCUGCCAUGCAGAAUAUAUUACAACCGCCGACGCAAAGCAUAGAACUCCGAACUACACGAGAUAUAAGGAAUCAGUGUUACUUCGAUGCGGCAUACGACCCACAGACGAACAAAACGGCGGUAGGAGCUAUUAUUCUAGAUUCGCAAGGACAUUAUAUUUCGGCUAUGACUGCCCCUAUGAGAGACUGUUUUUCACCACUAAUGGCGGAGGCCUAUGCAUGCAAGGAAGUUUUGUCGUGGCUAAGAAGUCGCGAAAUAAAGUCUAUCGAUCUCUUCACGGAUUGUUUGGUACUUCAGCAAUACCUAUCAUCUAUGACACACUCGUCAAGAUCGUACUUGGGAUAUGCCAUUGAUAGCUGCAGGACUAGUAUAUUAUCUUUCGAUUAUUGUUUACUUCAUUAUGUUCCUAGACUAGAUAAUUAUUUAGCUCAUACUUUAGCAUCUACUGCUUUAUCUCAGUCAGCUACUAUGUACUCGGACUACGAUCCGCCAGCAUCUAUUUCUGCAUAUUUUCAAUAA